CUCGUACGAGCUCAAACCUACCGAGUUACAGAAGUCGAGGGAUUCCUGGUAAUCAAGGACUUUCUUCAAGUAAUAGUAGCCAAGUUUAUACCUAUUUGGGGAGAAACAAGAGCGGAAAAGCACCCGUGGAAGCCCGUUAAUUGCUCUAUUCUAGAGCUUGCCGUACGAGAACGCUUGGCAAAGGGAUACGAGAAGCUAUAUGGGCAGCUUGAGAAGAAGGGUUAGAUAAAGAAUAGAGGGAAGUUACCAGGGGACUUUGAGUAUUAAUAGUAUAUAUGAUGUGGUUUCCUGGCUUUGGGCUUGCGGAGCCGUCCGGGGCUAGAGCUAGGCUUUUUUGGAACUAAGUAUACUACCGGAGAUAUCUGGGGACGCUUUGCUUCCUACCCCUUUUGGUUCUAUUAGCUUAAUAUAAGGCAUUAGGGAAUGACGGUUUCUUAGCUCUUAAUUAGGGGAGAUAGACUAUAUAUAUAUACUCCUUUUUGCUUUGCUAGGAGUACUCCGUAGGAGUACUUUACUAGCUAUUUCCUUUAUAUAUAGAAUUAGAAGCCUCUGAGGGGUAUAUCGUAUAUACGGGUACUAGGGAGCUUAGCUUCGCUUACUUAGCGGCCCCCUUU